ACGAAAUAUCAACAGAAAUUUUUGGCGCAAAACCCUAAAACCCUAACUUUUUCGCCGGCGAUAAACGGUCAAUUUUGUCCAAUGCGAUUGAAGUAGCUCGUAAACGGAAAGUUGCGAAGUUACUCGACAGAAAUGGACAUUGAUUUCGAAGAAGAGAAGCUCAAAUCUUUGCAGAUAUCAUCUCUCAGUGACGAGGAGGAUGAAGGCGGAGCUCCUAACGACGAGCCAGAGGAUGCAGACAGUGAUGAAAUUGACGAUGAAGAAGAUCAGAUUCCCAUGACUUUAGGGUUUGCGGAGAAGCCCAAAAAUCCGUGGUCAUCGCGCCGCCAAUACUUCCCGAGUAAAGCUGGUGGCGCUCCGGCAUGGUUGGACCCCAUUAAUUUGCCUUCGGGAAGCUCCAGUCUCUGUGAUUUUUGCAGUGAGCCUUUGCAGUUUCUGCUUCAGGUUUACGCACCUUUACCCGAGGAAUCAACUUUUCACCGAACAUUGUUCGUUUUCAUGUGUACGUCGAUGUCCUGUCUGCUUCGUGAUCAGCACGAGCAGUGGAAGAGGUCACCAGAAGUCCAGUCCAGAAGUAUCAAAGUUUUUCGGUGUCAAUUACCACGGGCGAACCCCUUUUACUCCAGUGAGGCGCCUGCUGGAGACGGGAGCCAGCAGCCAUUGACAGCUGGAGCAAUGCUAUGUGAUUGGUGUCGUGCAUGGAAAGGAGACAAAAUUUGUAGUGGCUGUAAAAGAGUGCGCUAUUGUUCUGGGAAACACCAGGCUGCUCAUUGGCGAUCCAGUAGCUCAAGUCAUAAAGUCUUAUGCCAACAGUUGGAGGCAUCUGGCAAGGAGUCUGAAUUAGCUGCAAGCAACUCCCUUUGGCCCGAGUAUGAGAUCACAUGUGAGGAUGAGUGUGACUUUGAUGAGCCAAUGUCCAAUGAUAAUGGAUCUGGUAAUGCAUUGGUUUCUAGAAGCCGAACAGAGGGUUCUGAUGGAAAUCUAAUGAAAUAUUUCCAGGCAUCUGAUGACAAUAGUAGUUGGGCAUCUUUCCAAGAGAGAAUAUCUUCAGCUCCCGAACAAGUCUUGAGAUACUCUAGCUCCUCUCAAGCAAAGCCAUUAUGGCCAGUUUCUAGUGGCCGACCAUCAAAAACCGAUAUCCCUAGGUGUAACCAUUGUGGCAGCACACGUGCUUUUGAAUUUCAGGUCUUACCCCAGAUACUGUAUUUCUUCCAUGUGAAAGACGGCGAAGAUUCUCUCGACUGGGCCACCAUUGCCGUGUACACAUGUGAGGCCUCGUGUGAAGGAGGUGUGAGUUACAAAGAGGAAUUCGCUUGGGUUCAACUUGCUAGUCAGUGUAUAUCACACCAAUAAAUUCCGAGAGAGAGAAUCGUAUCGUUCUGAACAGACAAAAAUAUGGUCAUAAAAUCUUUUGUCUCCACUUCUCACAUGUUGUUUUAGUCUGCAUUGUGCAUUUGAACAUGAAAGAUAGUGACUGGCAUCAUCUUCUGCAUUUUUGUCCUUGUAUAUUUUGUUGUUUGUCGUACUUUGUUUUUGGUUGGUCCCCUUUUUGUGGGUGGGAAGAUGUCGUAUGAGAUUAUUGCAGACUUGAAUUUUGUAUUUUGGUAGUUGGGAAUAUACACAUGAAGUUGCUACUCU